AUGUGUACAUUUGAGAUUCUUGAAAAGUGUAUUGAGAAGAUUGUCGAAUUGGCACAAAAGGACUCGAAUCGACCAGGUAUAGAAGUGAAGAAGGGCGAUAAUAACGAGCAUGACAAUUUGUGGCAUCUGCGCCUCAUUGAUAUAACGGACGCUCUGUCAAAUAGUGAACUCAAUGAAAUGACUGAUUUUCUGAGGAAAGGCCUUGAAACACUUUAA